UAAACAAUGGCUGUUAAGCGGAAUUCAGUCAGCAGGUAGCGAUCGCCGGCGUCUAGGCGGCGUACCUGUUGCCACGACCAGAUUAUGGACGGUUGGGCCAUAAAACAGGUAACAGCCGGGCUGGCCGAGUGGGUGACAUUCCUGGAAAACCCGUGGAAAACACAUUGGCUGAAUGAAUGUAUAUCAAUUGCCUGCCUUGGCGGAAAAUGGCUCAGUUGAUGAGUUUCCGUCCAGGCGAACAGGUCGACAUGCAAAUGCACAUGGAGUUCUCAUAUGCUUGUGGCUACGAUCCAAUCAGGAGGGCACCCCCUCCGAAUCCUCCUCCGCCACAGCCUCAGGAGUCCAGCAAUGGGCUUUCUGAUGACUCUUCUGAUUCCUGCUUCCGCCGGGGAUCCUACAUUGAGUUGGCCAGCGGGGCCUUGCGUCGUGUAGAGGACAUACGAACCGAGGACUUUAUCCAGUCGGCGCUGCGCAGCCAGCUCUUUGAGCUCCGGGAGGCCACAGUGGUGAGGAUCAACCGGGCAGGAUCCCCCAGCCAUGUGACGCUCACCUUCAGCUACGACACACAGCACGCCAAGAUGGACCUGGAGGUGCUGCCGGGUCAUCCUAUGUUUGUUUACGGCCAGGGUUGGGCCUCGUGCAAUCCCCAGUUGUCGCUGCAGCUGUACGAGCUCAAGUGUCAGCAGCUGCAGGUGGGCGAUAUCUGUUUGUCGCUGGUGCCGCGCGAGCAACCGGUGGCACCACGUCCUCCUCCGCCUCCACCACCGCCAUGUCCUACUCCGGCAGUGGGAUUGCCAGUUUCCAUGUCUUCUCCCCCACCCGGGGCCUAUUGUGCGCCGCCGUUCAAGAAUCCGUACCAGGUGUACGCCCAGAUGGCCAGUUUUGUGGCCGUCUACACCCAGCACAUGAUGCAGAAACUAAAUAAUUAGAUUUGAAGAACUAUUACUAACUAUAUCGAUUUAUUGAUUUACGCAGCAGGCGAUUCGGGGAUAUAUUCAGCGCUAUCCCUGCAAUACGCCGCAAGCUUGAAAACAAUUAAUGUACAAUAAUUACUCUGUUUUGCUUCAUUUAUUUGAAAUAAACUUUAAAAAGUU